AAUCGUCGAAGUCCAACCUCUCUCCAUCCAUGUGGCGCCACCUUUCGCAACCACGAUUCCUAUCCAAACCAUCUGAGUCUAACACCCACCAUGACCGUCUUCCAAAGCCGCAAAUACCCGUCGGCAUCCCACGGCAACACCUUGGGAGCGCGUUACCGCGCCAUGAUGGCCAAGCACCCCUUUCUGCUUUUCGGCCUGCCCUUCCUCACCGUCAUUGUGGGAGCGUCUUUCGUGCUCACUCCGGCCACGGCCAUUCGGUACGAGCGGUACGAUCGCAAGGUGCGGCAGAUGACGCGCGAGGAGGAGCUUGGAGUGGGCAAGGACAGAAGGAAGGUCAACAUACGAGAUGAGUAUUAUAGAUUGGCCGCCAAAGAUCUCGAUAACUGGGAGCAAAAGCGCGUCAAGAGGCUCCCAGGGGAGCAUGAUGGCAUCCUCUAGAGUGAGACCCGUACCGAGGACAAGGUGGGCGUUGCCGCAUCGGACGAGUCCUCAUUGCACCACACUCGGAUGGCGUGCUCUCCCUGCCUCCGAGAUGCCAUCUCCAUCACGACGCCACCACCACGAAUCUAACCGGUUGCGGUCAGAUCUAGGCUGAGUUGAGGCUGAAACUCAGUCACCUCCAGCCGCUAGAGCACUCGGCCGCUGCCUUGGAAGGAUCGCUGUAUUAUUCAGUCAAUACAUGACUCACCCGGCACUCAACCGCCC